AUGGGAGAUAAAUCGACCUCGGGAUCUGAUGAUCCCCGCCAGCCAGGCCGAUCGGAGGCCACUGGCAGCCCGCCAUCCGAUGCCAAAAAGGCAGCGGAUGCAAAACAGGCCGCGAUCGAAGCGGCGCUCAAGAAGGGCAAUGCCUUUGCCCUGAUGAAGGCACAGGGCAUCCCAUAUGGUGCCGACGCGCUUCGCGCGAAGGCUGCUGCAGAGGUGGCUGCAGAGGCGGCUGCGAACGAAGGGGACUCGUCCCCUUCGCAGAUCCCAUGCCCAAGCUCCGGUAGCGCAAGCCCGGCCUCCUCUCGUCGUCCCAGUAUGCCUCGCAAGGUAACGGACCUCGACUACGAUGAGGAGCUUGCGUUACCCAUGCCCAAGCCGCACCCCCGACGAGCAACGAAGCCUGAGAAUGAAGCACCGAAACGGUACGUACACGCUCCUCCUACUUUGUACGGGGAGUUUCCCAAGGCAGAGCAGGAUGCUCUUCAAGGAUACCCUGAUUCUGACGAGACGAUCAGCCCGACCCACGAAGGCAAGAAAAGAUCAAAGUUCGAGCUUCUUAAGUCGAAGCUCAGCUUCAAGGAUCUCCGAAAGGAAAGCGUCAAGGACGAGACUCCCAUGUCGGAGCCUCUUGCACAAUCCACCGAGAAUACCAAGUCUCAGGGCCGGCGUCCUCUCAACACUACUCCAACCCUCCCGGAUAUGCCGAAAAUCAAACCCAAGACACAGAGAAAAGCUUCUGUGUCAAGCGGUCGCUCGUCAUCCUCUACUUCUCGCGGUCUCAAUAUCGACGCCGGUUCUGCUGGUAGUCCGCUACCUCCUUCCAAUUCGCCGUGCCAUGCGCAAGGGGUGAUUGCCCCGGUUGUACCCCAAACGACCCCCGAAACCACUACCCCGACAUCGAAGUCCUCGACCCACCACAAUCCUUCGACAGAGAAGAACAAGCAGAAGGAAGAACAGAUUGCGGUCGCGCCAGGCAACACGGCCUCUAGCAACGUUGAAGGUAUGUACCCAGACAUCGUUUCUACGCAAUCAAGCGUGGAUAGUUCCUCACUUUUUGCGUCGCGUCCCAUGCUGACUUUACCAGAACGAGUUACCCUGGCGAAGCAGUCUGUACGUGGUCCUGUCUCCCCAGAGAGGCCCGGUCCUAGUCUGGUUCCUCAAGUUGAUGGCCUUGUGGAACGAAUUCGGACACUUCAGAGCAAGUCGAAUACAGGCUUCAAAGAUCUCGAAAAGAAGACCAAGGAGUACUUGAAGCGGCUUGAUGCUGAACUCAAUCAAACCGAGAGUUUUGCGGAUCUUUCGCGUAUCCAUGCGGAGAUUUCUUCCCAGACUAUGCGGUUCAAUCAUGAGUCUGUGGCAUUCCAGCAGGAUCUUUACUUGGAACUGGCCGCAAUUGAUCGUCUGUUCUUUGACUUCCAGACACACUUCAUGGACGAGAUACACGCACAGAUCCGGUCUCUGAGGGAUUCCUACAGACAACUGACUCUCAAAACCGAGUCCUUGAUCCAGAAAUAUGGGAAGGAUGAAGAAAUGGACACAGAGCUCGCCUUUCCAAGGACUAAUGUCCGACAUGACUCAGAGCCAUCUGCUCUUGCACCGCCGUUCUCACGCCCGAGCGAGUCGAGCAUAGCCAGUAAUGCCCCCUUGGCGAGUAUGGACAGCCAUGAUCCUCUGAUCAAGAAGAAGUCCCCCUUCAAGUUGGCUGCCAAAUCUUCUCUGAUCAAGUCUUCUCUGACCAAGUCUCCGCGUCCUUCCCCAAUUUCGGAAGCUGUACUCUCAAUCACCGCCGGCCAUCCUCCGAUGAUGCUGACGACUGGAGGCUCUCCAGCAAGCCCCGCUAAAUCGCCCAAGUCACAUAAGUCAAGCAAGGCAAACGACGAGGUAACAGCCGAAGAGAAGAAAUCUACGCUUCCACGCAGUCUGUCUUUCACCAAGAAAGGCUUCUUGAAGACCGCCAAGUCCAGCAUUUCUGAGCCUGACAAGAAAGCUCUCCCAAAAUCAGACUCCAUGGACAAUAAUGAUGACGCCAAGCGAGGUCUCCUCGGUCUUCGUCGAAACACAGGUUCGUUGCAAUCCUUAAAAACCCAGGCAUCUGGAAAGGGCAUGGCUCGAGACCAGGGAAGAAGAGGAAGUGCCAGCAGUACGCGCUCUGUGACACCUCCACUUCCUCCAACUCCGGGCCAAAUCAUCGACGAAAAUGGCCAGGUCCUUGUCCACCCGGCAUUCCGAACCAUGACUAACCCGCCAGCUCCAGCCAAACUGCAGAAGAAGUAUCGCAGCUUUACUUCUCCUUCUCCAAUUCCUUCGCCAUCCGGUACUACUUCUGCCUCUUCGAUUCAUUCCGCUUCUGAUGCUACGGCGAACGCUCCCGUUACUCCACCUCCCCCGCAGAGCCCGACUACCCCCGCCUCCAGCGAGACCCAGGGAUCGUCUGAGGAUGCUGCGGCAGAGAAUCAGGUAGGUGAUAAUGAUGGUUCAUACUGGUCUUCUGAUGCUGAGACGACUGUGUGUGAUAGUGAAUACCGCUCCUCCGAGGGAAGAAAUCGCCGCCGUGAUGAAGAUGAGCAAGAAUGGGACGAGAAAGUCUUCCUCCGAGUUCGACGCCCCUGA